AUGUGCUCUCUCAGUGCAGCCAAUGCCAAGUUCUGUCUUGACUUUUUCAGAGAGCUGAGCAAAAGCAAAAGAAAUGAAAACAUCUUCUUCUCACCCCUAAGUCUCUCAGCUGCCUUUGGGAUGGUUGUCCUUGGAGCCAGGGGCAGCACACUCAAACAGAUUGAGAAGUGUGAAGAAGAUGAAGGAGUCCAUUCUCAGUUCCAGGCUCUGCUGGCUGCAGUCAGUGAACCCAGACCAGGCUGCUCUCUCACAAUUGCCAACAGGCUCUUUGGAGAAAUUACUUAUCCGUUCUUCCAGCAAUACUUGGAUACCACAAAAAAAUUCUAUCGAGCAGAGCUGGAACCAGUCAAUUUUAAACACACUGAAGAAGAAGCCAGAGAGAAGAUUAACUUCUGGGUGGAAAAUGAAACAAAAGGUAAAAUCAAAGAUGUAUUUGCUACUGGGGUUAUCGAUCCCUCUACUGUACUUGUCCUGGUCAAUGCUAUAUAUUUUAAAGGAAAUUGGGCAGUAGAAUUUAAGAAAGAAGACACUAAGGAAGCAUAUUUCCAACUGAACAAGAAUGAGAGAAGGACAGUGCAGAUGAUGUUUCAGGAAGGUUAUUUUAACAUGGCCUUCAUAGAGGAACUGAAAAUGAAAGUGGUAGAACUCCCAUACUUUAAUAAUGAACUGAGCAUGUUCAUUCUUCUUCCUGAAGUUGUCUCUGAGGACUUUACUGGCUUAGAACAGCUCGAAUGCACCCUGACGUAUGAAAAACUAGCAGGAUGGACCAGCUUGGCUAGGAUGCAACAGCUGAGAGUGAAGGUGUACCUGCCUCAGUUCAAGAUGGAGGAAAGUUAUGAUCUCAACAAAAUUCUCCAAGAGAUGGGAGUGAUGAAUGUUUUUGACUGGGGAAAAGCUGAUUUGUCAGGAAUCUCUAGGAAAGAUGGUUUGGUUGUGUCCAAGGCCAUCCAGAAGUCAUUCAUGGAAGUCAACGAAGAGGGCACUGAAGCAGUUGGUGCCAUGGGGCUUGUUGCAGUACCUCUGUGUCACCCGGUUUGUUACGAGUUCAAAGCUGACCAUCCAUUCCUCUUCUUCAUCAGACACAACCCAACCACCACCAUACUCUUCUUUGGAAGGUAUUACUCCCCUUAA